AUGCUGAAGGAAGUCUUGAAUUCCCAGGUGGACCUCAAUCUCAAGAGUGUGUUUUUGAUGUGCCACCAUGUUCUACCGAUAAUGGCGCAGCAAAGCAGUGGUGGAGUGGCGAGCGUUGCCAGUAUCGCUGGCUUGAGGUACAUUGGAAAGCCCCAUGUUGGACACGCCGCGACAAAGGCUGCCAUCAUUCAGUUGAUGAAGACAACGGCUGUCAUCUAUGCACCUAAAGGUGUACGUUUGAACACGGUUGUAUCUGGGCUCAUGGACACCCCGUACACAAAAUAUAUGCGGCAGAUGGUCAAGCGGAAAGAUACAUGGAGAUGCGUCAUGCGCAAGUUCCAAUGGGGGAAAAUGGGUGAUGCGUCGGAUGUUGCCAAUGCUACGCUUUUCCUAGUUAGUGAUGAGGCGCAGUAUAUCGCUGGGCAGGAGCUUAUCGUGGAUGGUGGUAUAACAUCUUCGACGGGGAGGACAUGA